GUAAGUCUCAGACUACCGUCUUAUAAUUUUAAACAUAACAGUACAUAUUUGGCGACUGCUACAAAUAAGUCGACUUAUUUUGCCAGUUUUAAACCGCCUUCCUGGCUAUCCGAUCGGACGCUUCCCCGCCGUCCGAUACAGAUCGAAACUGGGCCACGUGCGGCCGUUGCUACCGACAGACCGUUGCAACGAGCCUCGCGCUUCAACGCAACAAGGGCGAACAGACCGCACCUCACCUGACCCCCCGCAGAUCGCGGGCGGCGACGGCUUCCCCGCUCCCCCCACCACCGGCUGCCCACCAUCCGGCGCCGCUCCGCCGCCAAAACUCAACCUCUGCAACACCUCCGGCAGCGCGCCGACCCGAAUCAUCGCAGCGCGCCUCCCCGUCCCCUGCAUCGACCCCGAUGGCGCAGCAUAUCUACAGAGAUAUGCUCGUCUCCGUCUUAGCUCCAACUUCCCAUGGAUCCGCUGCAUCCUGGUGGACGGAUCCAACUCCGGCGAGCUACGAAGGACCUGCUGCGACCUACUACUGAAAUCCACCGAUGUUCUUCCCAGAAAAUCAGACUUCCGCUGUCAAUUCCUCUGCAAAUUGUUCCAAUUGGGGUGCUGGUGAAAGGACAGGAGGUGAGCAGAGCAAUGCACAACCGCAUGUUGCGACAGGAGGAGGAAUGAAUUUAGAUGCCAGGCACAACUCAACUGCUCCGAUGUAUGAUGAUGAUCAAGAGGAUGAUGAGAUUUCAUCUCAGCCGCUUAUGCCCUAUGUUGGCAUGGAGUUUGACUCUGUUGAUGAUGCCAAGACAUUCUACAACGAAUAUGCAUUCAAGAUUAGCUUUGGUACACGCAUUGCCGCUUCUAAAAAAGCCAAAAGAGAGGUCCUCCGACACUUAUCAAGAAGGUUUUCCAAUGUGUGCACGCAGGGAAGCCGGAAAGUAAAGAUGACAGUAGCACUGCUUCUGAAGGUCUGUCGAUGGGAGGAGCCUCAACUAGCAAACAUGAUUGGUUUGAAAUGGAUGUUAGCAACAAGCGUCAAAAGAAUCGGCUGCUGCGAUAUGAAUGCAAAGCUCACCUGAUUGUUGGGAUCAAAGGUGACAAGUGGGCUGUAUCACAUUUUGUUGCAGAGCAUACACACCCUCUAAUGCCACAGCCAGAGCUUGUACGCUACUACCGCUCACACCGCAAAAUCCCGGAAGAAGAUAAAGAUCUCAUAAUGACUAUGCAUGAUGUAAACUUCUCAACUUCAUCGUGCAUGGGAAUGCUUGGAAGGGUGCGUGGCGGAGACAGAAGGAUACUACCAUAUGUCAAGAGGGAUGUUUCGAAUUUUCGGUCCAAGCUGCGACAAAACCUAAACCUCCGAGACAUGGAUUUCACAGUACAAUACUUUGAGAGGCGGCAAGCUGAGAACCCUCAGUUCUACUAUGCAAAGACGGUUGACAAGGAGACCAACUCUAUCACAGGGCUCUUUUGGGUUGAUGGGAGGACACGGGCAUUGUACCCCAAGUACAAGGAUUGUAUCUUCUUUGAUACAACAUUUUGCACAAAUCGAUACAACAUGCCAUUCGCUCCGAUUGUUGGAGUGAACAACCACUUGCAAACGGUGUUGCUGGGUUGUGCAUUGCUGCCAAACGAACAGAUUGAAACUUUCAAGUGGGUGUUCCAGCAUUUUUUGCUUGCGAUGAACAAUGAACACCCAUUGAACAUUAUGACCGACCAGGACAAGGCCAUGAAAACUGCCAUAUCUGAAGUGCUGCCCAACACGGUGCAUAGAUGCUGCAAAUGGCACAUCCAACAAAAAGCACGUGAGAAGUUGGGCAAGAUAAUGAGUAGGGAUGAGGUUUUCGAGCAAACUUUCUACACUUGCAUCAAUGAUUCUGACACGGUUGAUGAAUUUGAAGAGAAUUGGCAGCACAUGAUACAUUGCUUCGACUUGGUUGACAAUAGGCAUCUAUGCAACAUGUGGAAGACUCGUGAAACCUGGGCUCCAGCGUUCUCCCGGAAAUGUUUUUUCCCCUUUACAAGCACUACGGGUAGAUCAGAGGGACUAAACUCCUACUUCAAGACAUUUGCUUUACUCAGGUACAGAAUUGAGCGUCAGGCGGUUGGUUUCUACACCCGCAACGUGUUUGGCAAGUUUCAAGCAGAAGUGACUGCCUCCACGGGGUUUGUGAUGAACCAGGUUCCUUCUCCUGACAUUGGAAGCAUGAGAUUUGGGCUCUUUUCAAAUUACUAUGAAGACCCCAAGAUAUUUACAGUGAAUGUUGUGCUGGCAGAAGAAACAUUUGAGUGCAGCUGCAAUUGUUUUGAGAUGAAUGGAAUCAUAUGUGCACACAUCGUUAGAGUAAUGGUCCACCUCAAUGUCCAAGCUAUACCGCAGCGCUACUUGCUAGAAAGGUGGUCAGAACGAGCAACAACACCAACGGGUGCUAGCGGCCAUCUUCUCCAUUUCGCUCUCCCUUCAAACAAUACACUCAAGUACAACUCGUUGUGCAGAAAAUUCACAUGGUUGGCCUCCCAAACUCGUAGCAAUGAUGUUGCCUGCAAAAUACUAAAUGAUGCAGCGCAUGCGCUUGAGCCCAUUAUACUUGCAGCAAGGAGAGGGGAACUACCAGAGCAGCGGGAAGCGCAACAGCAGCAGCCAGAUCAACAUCAGAGCACAACACAGGGGGGGAGGCAGCAAACAACAAGGGGGCCAACCCAUCAGCAGAAACAACCCCAAAUGCAGCAGCAACAAGGGCAGAAACAAACAAAUCGCCCAACGCAGCAACAACAAGUGGCCACCACACCGGUGGCACAGGAUACCACGGAGAAUCCAAUGCUUCAUAAUCCAGCACGUGUGCCGAAGAAGGGGCGACCAACAGAAAAGUCUAGAAGAAGAAAGACUUUACUUGAGCAGCGAGAAGAUGCACAAAAGAAGAAGGCAAAAAUAGAGGAGAAGAAGAAAGAAACAAAGCCCAAAAGAAAACCUGGACCAAAGAAGAAAACAGACUUCUGCUCGUAUUGCAAAGAACAUGAUCACAGUGUCCAAGAAUGUGUGUUACUGAAGGCUACGAUGGCUGUCCACAAAUGCAACUACUGUGGUGAAGAUGAUCAUGCAGUGAAGAACUGUCCCUACCUAAAGGCUGCAAUGUCGAUGGAUGCUAAUGUCGCUAGAGCAACAGAGCUUAGGCUCUGAAAAAAAUUAAGAGAGGAAAUUUGACAUUAAGAACAGAUUCAAUUACUUCCUACCAAUGUGUUUCAUGUCACUCCCUAUUGUAAUGAAACACUUUUUGUUGCUAGUUUUGGUCGCAUGUACAAAGUAUGCUUGGAAACAUGUAAACAUCUCUAUAUUUGCAGUCCAGAAGACAUUUUGUGGUUAUAACUUGUUUUGAACAUGGAAAUUUACAGUGCUUAUAUAUUUUCUCUUAAAUAGCUUACAGUGGUUACUAUUGUUUUUA